GGGGACAAGGCUUGGGAGGCUGUCAAAAGAAACAACACUAGAGAACUGCAGGGCAGCCCAGGAAAGGCUGAAGAAGAGCAGCCGGAGAAAGAAGGAUGGGUAAAAGUAAAACCUCUGCCCUCCCAGAACGUCAGGCCCAGGAUGGUCAGGUUUGGGACUCCGUGAAGAAAACAGCCUUUGUAUUGGGUACUGGACUUCUUAUCUUUGCUGCUUUCAGGAACACAGUCACAUGGCAUCUACAGCAUUUUUGGGGUGCCUCUGGCGAUUUCUGGCAAGCCCAGUGGGGAAAGCUGCACAACUAUUUUGGGGGCAAUGAACUUGUUUUAUACUUUCUGGGGGUCGUGAUAAUUCCCAGUCUUUCCUUUUGGAUGUACAAUGCAAUCCUGAUGAUGAUUGACUUGACCGGAAAACCAAACUUUUUAACUCAGUAUAAAAUUCAAAUUGGAAAGAAUGACCCGGUGGAUCCAGAAAAGCUCAAACAUGCAGUCAAAGUUGUCUUGUUUAACCAGUUCUUCCUAUCCUUUCCCAUGGUCUUCCUCAUGUAUCCAUUCCUUAAAUGGAAGGGCAACCCAUGUGGUACGGAGCUGCCUACAUUUCACUGGGUACUACUAGAAUUGUCAGUCUUCGCGAUGGUUGAAGAAAUACUUUUCUUUUACUCACACAGAUUGCUCCAUCACCCAAGCCUUUACAAACAAAUCCAUAAAAAGCACCACGAGUGGACAGCACCGAUAGGAGUAGUGUCACUGUACGCUCAUCCAGUGGAACACAUUCUUUCCAACAUGUUACCAUCCAUAGCUGGGCCAAUGCUGAUGGGAUCCCACGUAACUACCAUCAUGCUAUGGUUUAGUCUUGCUCUGUUUGUCACCACCAUAUCACAUUGUGGGUACCACCUGCCCUUCCUGCCUUCCCCAGAGUUCCAUGACUUUCAUCAUCUCAAAUUUACCCAAUGUUAUGGAGUGCUAGGAAUUCUUGACCGACUGCAUGGCACAGACCUGAUAUUCAAGCAAACCAAGGCCUAUGACAGACACAUAUUAUUACUGAGCUUAACCCCUCUGACUCAAAGCAUUCCUGAUCCACCCAAGAAAACAGAAUAACAUCCUGGUGGACUUUCCUUUACCAAUACUGGAAUUGUAUGGUUUCUGUAUAGGCAAAUACCAAAGUGCUUUUAUUCGCUUGGCUGAGUUCACACUUUGGGACAUUAGUUUUUCUGUAGCCAUUUUCUAGCCAUUACCAGGGUCGGGUCCAAACAUUUACAAGUCAAUUUUAAGGGUGAAUAAUGGCCAUAAAAAAAUAGGACAUGUCCCAUUUUGUCAGUUUUCAUCGCCUGACAGCCCUACAAGUCAAAAGAGCAGCCUCCAACCUGUAGUGCUUCAGCUGUUGCGAAACUACAACUCCCAGCAUGGCUGGUUGUACUUGCACAACAGCUGAAGAGUCCACAGGCAGCGGACCAUUCUUUUAGACUUAGAAUGAUAGCGCCAAAGUUGAUGAUGAACGUGGUGAUGACCCUGCAUGGACCACAGCUUGCCGGGUAGAACACUUGAUAAUAAUUGAAUGUAUUAAAGAGUGCAAUAAUCAUUUUUAUUUUAAUUCAAUAACUAACAAAUGUACAGAUAGAAUUGUCUUUUCACAUUUCAUAUUUAAAAUGAAGUAUGACUGAAUGUGCGUUAACCUGGAAUAAAAUAGUAAAGGUAUAAUUUAUAAAACAUGUGUCU